UCCCGCCGCCCUACCCCGACUACAUCGCCGGCAUUCGCCGUAGCCCCGGGGUGGCUGGCAACGAGCAGCGGGACUGUGUGUGGGUCGGCUGCCGGAACAAGAUCCAUGUCGUCGCCCCUCUCCAUGAAGAUCCUGAGCAGUUUCGAGGCGCAUUCGCGGGUGGACAGCGCCAUCCGGCAGAUGGUGGUGGUGGGGCAGGGCGGUGGAACUCGCUGCGACUGGACAACACUCUGCGUCUCUUCCACGCCCGCACCAUGCAGCACCUCCAGGAUCUGGCCGUUGAGCCGCUCUGCGCGCUGGUCGCCGGUAAGAGUCGCUUGGGCAUCUCGCUGGUGCGCAUCACGGCCAUGUCGGCCUCGUGUCGGCGCCUGUGGAUCAGUAUACCGGCGUCGUCCUCUCCAUUCCCCUCAGCUUUACGCCAGAUGCCAGCAACCCGGACAAGGAGGCGGCGGGCGUGGCGAAAUAUCUGCCCGGGUGCGAUGAUACACUGGCGCACGGUGUCCUAUCACGGACACCGGGAGGAGGGCAAGUUCUUCAUCUCCAUACCAGGAACGUACACACUACACACCCGGCGGGGCCGCACCGGCCAGCAACGACACCAGGCCCAGCCAGGAGACGCCAGCCUGCUGGUGUCCGGGGGUGAAGGCUACGUGGACUUCUGCUACGAUGACAGUGCGGAGAGCGGACUGGAAGAUUCUCCCGGCGGCAUCGUGGAACCCCGCAGUAUCCGCUCGCACCUGAUCGUGUAGCAGACGCCGACCCCGCCCACCUCCUCCGCGCCGACCCUGAAGGGGAACGCCGGACAUCCCCUUCCCUCACCCCUUAAGGCGGCAGCUAGCAGGACAGGCGCAAUGCAACGGACAGCCGUGAUGGUCUCUAGUCGGUGACGCAGAUUAUGCAGAGAUGCUUUUGCCAGUUUAUCACACUGACCUUUCGUUUCGACGGCUUCCAGUAUGGUGUUCGUAGUGUUACCUUGUUCAUUGUGCUUUUACUUGUCUUUUAAUUGGAGUUUCUAUUUGAUUUUACUGAUUUUAUGCGCUUCUAAAUGGAAUUUUUAAUGGUGUUUGGUUUUAAUUUUGUGGUGGUAGAUUCUUGUGGAUUUUGCGAAUUUGUGAUUGGUAUUUUACGUGGGACUCAGGUCAGUCAGUACCUUUUACUGGGGCAGUUCAAACGUUAUUACGGGAAAUAAAAACAGAAUAAACUGAA